AUGCGCUGGACCGGCGCCAAGGCCCCAGCGGAUGGCGACAACAGCUUCCCAGCUGCUCAACUCAUCAGCUACACACCUCCAUCCUCUUUCAUCCAUCCCCCAUCUAUCCCCCCCCCUCCCCCCGCGGACAUUCUUGCUCCUCCGGGCUAUCGGAUUCAAUCUAUCAUAGGUAACCAGCAGUCCAACAUCAGCGGAGGCCCCGGUGGCGAUGGAGCCAACGAGAAGGACAAGAAGAAGGACAAGCCUAAGUACGAGCCGCCGCCGCCGCCCACCACUCGCAUCGGACGUAAGAAGCGCAGGGCUGCCGGCCCAAGCACUGCCUCGAAGCUUCCCGACAUCUACCCGACGUCCCGAUGCAAAUUACGAUAUCUCCGAAUGCAACGGGUCCACGACCACCUGUUGCUAGAGGAGGAGUACGUGGAGAACAUGGAGCGUCUGCGCAAGACCAAGGCCCAGGCGACGCUGGAUACCGCCCGGGGCGACUUCGAUAUCAUGGACAGAAACGCAGAUGAGAGAGGCCGGGUCGACGACAUGAGAGGCAGCCCCAUGGGAGUCGGCAACCUGGAGGAGUUGAUCGAUGAUGACCAUGCGAUCGUGUCGAGCGCGACUGGACCCGAGUACUACGUGUCUAUUAUGUCGUUCGUGGACAAGGACCUUCUCGAACCCGGUGCGAGCAUUCUGCUGCACCACAAGUCGGUUUCCGUGGUUGGUGUGCUGACCGAAGAGUCUGACCCCCUUGUAUCGGUGAUGAAGCUCGACAAAGCGCCCACAGAGUCAUACGCGGAUAUCGGUGGUCUGGAAACCCAGAUCCAAGAAGUCCGAGAGUCCGUCGAGCUUCCUUUGCUCCACCCGGAGCUGUACGAGGAGAUGGGUAUCAAGCCACCCAAGGGUGUCAUCCUCUACGGUGCGCCUGGUACCGGAAAGACGCUAUUGGCCAAGGCAGUCGCCAACCAGACCAGUGCCACGUUCCUCCGCAUUGUUGGUAGUGAGCUUAUCCAGAAAUACCUCGGUGAUGGUCCUCGCCUGGUCCGACAGAUCUUCCAAGUUGCCGCCGAACACGCCCCGUCCAUUGUCUUCAUUGAUGAAAUCGAUGCGAUUGGUACGAAGCGUUAUGACUCGACGUCGGGUGGUGAGCGGGAGAUCCAGCGUACCAUGCUGGAACUCCUUAACCAGCUUGAUGGAUUCGAUGACCGGGGUGAUGUCAAGGUGAUCAUGGCUACGAACAAGAUCGAAACCCUGGACCCUGCCCUGAUCCGCCCGGGUCGUAUUGACAGAAAGAUCCUCUUCGAAAACCCAGACCAAAACACCAAGAAGAAGAUCUUCACCCUGCACACCUCGAAGAUGUCGCUCGGAGACGAUGUCGACCUGGACGAGUUCAUCAACCAGAAGGAUGAUCUCUCCGGUGCCGACAUUCGGGCUAUCUGCACGGAAGCCGGUUUGAUGGCGCUGAGAGAGCGCAGAAUGCGGGUGCAGAUGGACGAUUUCCGUGCCGCCAGGGAGCGCAUCAUGAAGACGAAGCAGGACGGAGGCCCAGUCGAGGGGCUGUACUUAGCCAACAUCGAUCUCGCAUCUGAAGUCAUCUCCAUCGAUUCUCCGAGACAUACCACAUUCGCCAUCAUGGACGGGUUUGACGAGGAGGCCUUCAAGAAAUUUUUUCCGACAAGCUUCGGUAGGCAAGAAAAGAAAGCCGAUGUUAGCGCGCAGAUAGAUCGCACCAAGCGGACAGAAGUAUCUGCUCAGUCUGAUCGCGAGGCGGCUUUGGUCGGCGAUGCGAGCGCUGAAGUGAACGCCGAGUCUGAGAAGGAGAGACAACCCGAUGGAUCGGGUAGUGACAGCGGAAGCGAUGACUCGGAUGACGACUCAGACGAUGAUGAGGAUGAGUUUCCGGUGUCCCAUGAACUCACUUUCAAAACACACGACCGCGCCGUGACAACCUUGACCGCGGACCCCUCGGGAUCGCGCCUGAUCACCGGCUCCACGGAUUGUACGAUAAAACUACACGAUUUCGCAUCCAUGACACCGUCGACGGUGCGCGCAUUCAAGUCCGUUGACCCGUCCGCAAAAAAGCAGUCCGCCGCGCAGGAAGCGCAUGCUGUGCACUAUGCCGCUUUCAACCCUCUCGCCCCUGCCUAUGUCCUCGUUGUUUCCGCUACGUCUCAACCCAGGAUUCUCGAUCGCGACGGCGAGACCGUCACCGAGUUUGCGAAGGGUGAUAUGUACUUGAGGGAUCUUCAUAAUACCAAGGGUCAUAUAUCGGAGGUGACCAGCGGAGCGUGGUGUCCAACGGAUGAGAACCUGUGUGCUACGGCAGGAACAGACAGCACGGUGCGCAUAUGGGAUGCCAAUAAUGGACGGUCACAGAAGGAGGUCAUUGUGCAUAAGUCUCGGGUGGCGGGUUCCGCUGGUCGGACCAAAAUGACCGCUGUCGCAUGGGGCUCGCCCAAGCAGGGUGGUCCCAAUGUUCUGGUUUCUGCUGCCCUCGAUGGCAGCUUGGUGAUGUGGAGCGGAAACGGGCCGUUUACCCGGCCAAGCGCGGAGGUCCGGGAUGCGCAUACUAGAGAUACCUGGACGAGUGGCAUCGACAUCAGCUCGGAUGGCAGACUAGUCAUCACUAAGGGCGGAGACGACACCAUCAAACUCUGGGACACUAGGAAGUUCAAACAACCGAUCACGACUAUUCAUCAUCCGUCCAGCAGCAGCCGGUUCCCAUCUUCGAACAUCGUAUUCUCGCCUACCUCAGCCAAUGUCCUCACGGGCUCGGAGACUGGACACCUGCACAUCUUGAAUCCCGCCACACUCAAACCGGAGUUGAUCACGCCAGUCACGCCAGGAUCGCCAUUGAUUAGUGUUAUUUGGCAUGAAAAGAUGAACCAGAUCAUCACCGGGUCCGCCAACGCGGAGACGCAUGUUCUCUACAACCCCACUAUGUCGACCAAGGGUGCCGCUCUGGUGAUGUCCAAGGCCCCGAAGCGUCGGCACAUCGACGACGACCCGAGUCUCACCAUGGACCUCACGCAGGGCAUCUCGGGGGAUUCCGUCGUGGUGGGAUCCAACGGGGUCCCUCACUACAGCUCGGCCACCUGGUCCGCGCGACACCCGAAUGUUGGCCUGACGGCCUCGGGUCGCUCGAGGGAUCCACGGAGACCUCACAUUCCCGCACAGACACCUUUCGCGAAGUCGCAGCCUGACGAGAGGCAUAUCCGGGAGAACAUCCCUCUCAGUUCCAUGCGCGACGAGGAUCCCCGUGAGGCUCUGCUGAAAUAUGCGGAGAAGGCCGAAAAGGACCCCAUCUUCACCAAGGCCUGGAAGGAGACGCAGCCUACGCCCAUCUACCGGGAUCUCAGCGACGAGGAGGAUGAACCAGGGCCGGAUAAGAAGAAGGCCCGGCGAUAAUCAGGGUGCUGAAAUAUGCGUGGGUUUUUACUUUAUUUCUUUCUUUUUUUUUUUUUUUUU